UGGGAGAGAAAGAGAGUGAGAGAGAGAGAGAGAGAAAUGGACAUGGGAAAUGUUUAUUAUUAACCAAAAUAAUGUUGAAGAACUUACGUCAGAGACAAAGUACCAAUAUAUUAUGUAUAGUUAUUUAUUUACGUACAAUUAACAAGAAACAUUUCAAUUGGCUUGGCAACUUGUUGCCUAGGUAGAUUUUAGUUGUUACUCCGCGCUCUCUCUCUCUCGCUCUCUCACUUCAUCUCUAUCCAUUUUGCGCUCUUGCUCUUGCAUCGCGUGCUUGGUUAAUAACAUUAUAUUAUUCUCAUUCAAAGUCAAGAUCUUCCCCAUCUCCCACAUGAAGCCGGACUCUGUCGACUGCUGCUUUUUGUUGUUAGUUUCUUAUCAAGACUCUAGUGACGAAGUCGGACUACAAUCGAGGUUAUCGCUUGACCAAUAUAUAUUGCUUUUAUUUUGUUUCUGUUUUUGUCUGAAUUUUUUGUUGUUGAUAUUGGGGUGAUUCAAUGAUUUCUUUGUUGCCGAACAAAUCGAAUUUGACAUCAGUCAAUACUUGGGCCUCAACGUGAACGGAACGAACCUUAGAGAAAAUGUCUUUACCAUCAUCGACAUCAUCGUCGAGUCGUCUGGUCUUUGGCUUGCUUUGCCUUGGCCUAUUAACAAACGAGAUUGGGGCAAAUUUAACAUUCAUGUUUUCAAAUCUAACAUUAUUCAAUGUGGAAUUCAAAUCGCCCAGUUGGCUGGGCAGAUCCAUAGCCGUUAAUAGCAAUCUGAGGAUUGAAAACGAUGUCGAUCCAAAUAUACAAGAGGACUCACAUAUGAACACGUAUGAAUUGAUACACAAAUAUGGUUAUCCGGCCGAGAAUCAUACCCUAACCACUGAUGAUGGCUAUAUUUUGACGUUACAUCGCAUAGCCCGACCGGGAGCUACUCCUGUUCUGCUAGUGCACGGCCUACUCGACAGUUCGGCGACUUGGAUUAUGAUGGGACCCAAUAAGGGAUUAGGUUAUUUGCUUUACGAACAGGGCUACGAUGUUUGGAUGGCCAAUUGUCGCGGUAAUACUUAUUCGAGAUCGCAUAUCAAGUAUACGACGAAUCAUGCCAAAUUCUGGGACUUCACAUUCCAUGAAAUGGGCUUGUACGAUAUUCCCAAAACGAUUGAUCACAUCCUAAAUCAUACGAAUACCAGACAAUUGCAUUAUAUUGGACACUCUCAGGGAUCGGUAGUAUUCUGGAUUAUGGCCAGUGAAAAACCCGAAUAUAUGGAUAAGAUCAUUCUGAUGCAAGCUCUGGCUCCGGUGGCAUUCCUCAAACAUUGCCGUAGUCCGGUGGUUAAUUUCCUGGCCGAAUGGCAUUUAUCGGUGAGCUUUGUUCUUCAAUUGAUCGGAGUUCACGAGUUCUUGCCGAAAAACGAGUUUAUCAUUAUGUUCAAUCAGCUUAUUUGCGAUGAGACAACAAUUACCAAAGAGAUAUGCUCGAAUGUUAUAUUCCUGACCACAGGAUUUGAUAAGUCUCAGCUGAAUGAGACUAUGUUGCCGGUCGUGGUGGGUCAUGCCCCAGCUGGAGCCUCCACCAAGCAGAUGCAGCAUUUCGGUCAAUUGAAGAGGUCGGGAGAAUUCCGGCAAUUCGACUACGGUUGGCUCAGAAAUCAUUGGCGUUACGGCAGCAUAAAUCCACCAACCUAUAAAUUGGAAAACGUUCAAGCCAAAGUUGCUCUCUACUAUGGACAAAACGAUUGGUUAGCUCAACCCGAAGAUGUGGAAGAUUUGGAUCGUAUGCUGCCGAAUGUUGUCAGCAAAUAUCUUGUUGACUAUCCGGAAUUUAAUCAUUUGGACUUCAUUUGGGGCAUUGAUGCUAGGGAAUUGCUAUGGGAGCGCAUGUUCGAUCUGAUGAAAGAGCAGGAAAAUUCUGUCUAAGUGUUUGUUUAAAUUAGUUUAGUUUUAAAUAUUUACUUACAGUAUGCAUUUGAGAUAUUGUUGAAUAUUUAUUUAUUUAAUUGAUUAAAUUAUAGAUCCUAGAAAUUUAUGUUUCUUUAAAAAGUAAAUCUAAGUGUAAUCUACAAAAAUAUUCUUAACAUUGUAGAUCCAUCAGUUGAAAUGAAACGAUUUCUAUUAUAUCACGAUAUUUUAAAGUUAAACUUCAUCAAUUAUCUCAACAAUCUACCAUCUUACUUAGGUAAAUCGUUUUGUUUAUCACUAAUAUUUUUCAUAUUACUUAACUAUGAAAACACAACCCACUCACUUGGAACUAAUUUGAACAACUUGAUAGACAAGCUAAUCGAUUUACACAUAUUUUCUAAACUAUGUGUCACAUCAACUUAUUUUUCUACUUGUGGGAUCUCCUAUAUCGACCUAGAGCAAGAUGCAGUACUCACAUAAUUUGGAGGCAAACGUGAUCAAUUUUCAUUUUCAUUUGACCUUUUUCUGUUUCUGAUUAUGUAUGUAUAAAUUGUUUAUCAACUUGAUUUUUCUAAUAUCUACAAUUGAUUUAAUAUAUACUAAAUCACAA